CCUCGACCUCUUCGCUGCUUUUUCUUCGAUGGCACGCCCGGUUCCUUCUCCUUCUUCUUCAACCUCCUCUCACCUACUCUCCUGAGAUCUCCUUCUCCUCCUUCUUCUCCGCAAUUCCGUGGCGGCGAUGUAUCUUCAUUCUCAUUUCCUCGGCCGCCGCCACCUCCUCCUCGCAUCUCACAAACACUUCUCUCGCGCUAUGUCUGCUCCAGGUCGAUCUUAUUCGUUCGUUCAUUACCGCAGUUCCGAAUCCUGUUCCGCCCGGUUAAAUCCAUUGAUCAUUCAACAAUAUAGAUGCUGUGUUCGAUAUAAUGUCCUUACUAGAGCCUUUGAUGAGGAUUCUUUUGACUUACCAUCACUUGAUGAAUGGGAUCCUGAUGAGAGCACUUCUGGAUAUUUACUCUCAUCCAGCGAUGGUGAGGAUAGUGAUGGAGAAAUGGUGCUUACUCCAGCGAAUGAUGUUGAUUUACCUUCCAUUUCUGUUUCGAAUAGUGAUGCUUUAACAGUGACCGCCCAUCGACUUGCAACUCUUGGGAGGAGACGCAAGAGACAUGGGAAAAAAUUUGGCAAUUUCAUUAGUUUUGGCCUCAUAAUCUUCUUGACAGUGCUGCUUUUAUACAUUGAUUGGUGCGCUUGGAGAAUUGUUAGACUGCCCUUGGCCCCCUUUUACAUGACCCGUCCGUUUCUUAUAUCAGCCUUUUUGGUGGCUUUUCUUGGCUACAUUUGCAUCCCAUUUUUUCAAAUUUUUGAAUUUAUCCAAGUAUUUAGGGCAGAAGGACCUGUCAGCCAUCUAUUGAAAAAGAAUGUGCCCACAUUGGGUGGUUUACUAUUUGUACCAAUAGGAAUAUUUGUUACUAGAGCCGUUGGUGGUUUCUCCUCUGUAGAAGUGUCUGGGGCAGCUGGUGCAACUAUGGCAUUUGCCGUGAUUGGUUUACUUGAUGAUAUAAUAAGCCUUGCUACAAAACAGAAGAGAGGUUUGCCUGUAUGGGCAAAAGUUCCUUUGGAGGCUGCUGUUGGAGCGUCGUUCUCAAUUUGGUUGGAUACCUCUAGUAUAUCAUCACCCUAUGGCAUGAAGAUGCUGGUUCCUCUACCGCUUGGCCUUAUGUACUUGGGACGAUAUUAUCAACUGUUGACUUCAUUUUCUUUUGUUUCAAUGGGACAUGGGGUUGAAAUAACCAAUGGUCUUGAUGGACUAGCCAGUGGUAUUGCUGCAUUGGCCUUCAUUGGAAUGUCGAUUGCUGUGCUUCCAAUAUGUUCUGAUCUUGCUAUAUUUGGAGCCUCAAUGGCUGGAUCUUGUGUUGGGUUUCUCCUCCACAACAGAUAUAAAGCAUCUGUUUAUAUGGGUGACGUCGGCUCUUUGGCACUUGGCGGUGCAUUAGCUUCAAUGGCUGCAUGUACUGGAAUGUUCUUUCCAUUACUCAUUUCUUCUGGAGUUUUUGUUGUUGAAGCAUCAUCAGUUGUGAUUCAGGCAAUCUACUUCAGUGUAAGAAAAGGCUUUCAGCGAGUGAGGCGCUACUUCUUUCAUAUGGCUCCCAUCCAUCAUCAUCUCCGACUAUCUGGGUUCAGGGAACCGACUAUCGUAGCAGGUGCAUAUGUUAUCUCAUCACUAUUAGCUUUGCUUGCUGGCUAUGUUGGUCUUGUUUCAGCUUAACGUCCUUAGAAGGUUAUAUUCUCAUCUCUGCUUAGUAAUCUGCAUUCUUUUAUUCAUUGCACGCACGUAGGAAAAGGUUGAUCCAGGCUUCAUAGUUACCCUUUUUUAAUAUAUUUUUCUAAUGAUCAGUUCCUUAGUUGCUUUGUCUUGCAAAACUAUUGGCAAAAUUAUCAAAUUUUGGUGAGUCGCUAAAUUCUGUAGGAGGUUUUAUUUUAAU